AUGAAAGAAUAUACAAGAUUAAUAGGUGUAGAAUUUCAUGGAGCAAGAUUAGAUUAUUGUCAUUUAAUAUCAUUACUUAUUGUUCAUUAUUUAAUAGGUUAUGCUCGAGAAAUAAAUCGAAAUUUUUAUAUUUUAAAUGUCUUAUUUACAAUUGAUGCAGCACUUGAUAAUGCAUUUGUUAAUAGACUUAUUAUUAAUAUUCUUGUAUACGAACAAUUAUCAAAAUAUCGUGAAGCAUUAUUUAAAAAUGAAUGGAAUAAUUUACCAUGA